AUGUCGCAACUGGAGACUGUCUCUGCAUUCGUCGAGGGCGCGCCGCCGGGAGAGCUCGCAGACGUCGUCGCCGAUAUCAAGGCUUUGACCGAUUCUCCCAACAUCGUCUCAGAACUCGGUCCCGCCUUCGAGAAGUACAAUGAGGAGCAGUUGACCACGGUGAAGCUGCCGGGAAGCAGCCAGGCUGUUCUGGUCAGCUCCCACAACUCGCUCGGCAACGGCCGAUACUACGACGUCGAGAGCUCCUCCAGCUUCGAGUUCGACCACGCAACACAAAAAGCUAGCGCCGUUCAGAGCCACGUCAUCGAGGGAUCACAAGCAGAUCUGGUCAAAUCGACUCUGAAGAGCCUCGGCACCUACGUCAAGGAGCAUUUCCCCAACGCCGCGUACGGCGUGUACCCGAUCGAAUCCGAUUCCAAGGUGGCCGUGGUCGUCGUGGCGAACAAAUACAGCCCCAACAACUUCUGGAAUGGACGAUGGAGGUCCCUAUACGUGUUCGACCCUUCGUCCGGUAGCCUCGAGGGCUCCAUCAAGGUCGACGUUCACUACUACGAAGACGGCAACGUGCGGCUGCUCACCAACAAGCCCGUCUCCGCGUCGGUCUCCUCGGGCACAGGUGCAGGCAUCGCCAAGGAGAUUUCGGCCCUGGAGAAGAAGUAUCAGGAGGAGCUGAACAAGAGCUUCGUCAACCUGAGCGAGGGUGCCUUCAAGGGCCUGCGGCGACACCUGCCGGUCACGAGACAAAAGGUUGAGUGGGACAAGGUUGCCAGCUAUAGGCUGGGUCAGGACAUUGGAGGCGGGAGUUCUAAGCGAUAG